GUUGUAGUUAAUGGUUAAUAUGGUUAAUUAUUAUGGGUAAAAGACGUGAAGAAAACGGAAGAAUGGAUUCAGGUGAUGAUUCGUCGCAAGAUGGCGAUUUUUGUUCCGUUGUAUUGUCGGCUGUUGGAAUGAUGCCUAGCGGUAGCUCUUCCCUCGGUUUAAUUCAGAAUAAAAUUAGACAUGCUGACCGGUUUUGGGUGCUUCCUGGAGAAAAGAUACAAAUUGAGGAGACGAACAUUGGUUACAUGUCACCUAUAGGCAAAGUGAACGGUAGGGUGCUUGUCACUAAUUAUCGGCUACGUUUUGAAGCGAAAUCAACCUCCGAAAAUCGACACAGCAAGUGUUGUCAGUUUGAUAUACCUCUGGGAUGCAUCUCACGGGUUGAAAAGGUUGGUUACUCAACGGUAAGUCGUGGCGAGGAUUCUUACGGACUGGAGAUCACUUGCAAGGAUAUACGCAAUAUAAGGUUUACUCACCAGCAAACGAAUCAUAGUAGACGCCCACUUUACGAAAGCUUACAGCGAUUCGCUUUCCCGGUCACCAAUAAAGCUUCCUUCUUUGCUACAUCUUUCAAGCCUGACUGGACUUUUGAUGGUUGGAACAUUUAUGAUACUGUCCGAGAACUGAAUCGAAUGAACGUACCCAACGAAACUUGGCGAAUCACCAAGAUAAAUGAUCGAUAUGACUUCGCCGAUUCUUAUCCUGCUUUGUUAGCGGUACCAACGACAGCUGUGGUAGAAGGUGAAGAUUUUUUGCAAAAAGUUGGUGAAUUCCGAAGUAAACAGAGGAUACCUGUCUUGUCAUGGUUGCAUCCCACUUCUCAAGCAUCAAUAACACGAUCGUCACAACCAAUGGUUGGAGUUACAUCUCGAAAAUCUGCGGAAGAUGAACGAUACCUACAGAUGAUCGUCGAAGCAAAUGCCCAUGCGCACCAGCUACUUAUAUUUGAUGCUCGUCCGGCCGUCAAUGCGAAAGUCAAUAAGGCAAAAGGUGGUGGUUUUGAAGAUUCAUACACUAACUGCCGAUUGAUAUUUCUGGAUAUACAAAACAUUCAUGUAGUUCGAGAAUCGCUGCGAAAAUUGAAAGAUGUAUCAUUUCCUCGUGUUGAUGAAAAGAACUGGUUUCGUAUGUUGGAUGAAACGAAAUGGUUGAACCACAUCCAGACAGUUCUGGAUGGUGCAACCCAAAUUGCUCGCGAAGUAGAGGAUAACAAGGCAUCUGUGCUGGUUCACUGUAGUGACGGCUGGGACAGAACUGCCCAGUUGACUUCGUUGGCGAUGCUGGAGCUAGAUCCAUAUUAUCGAACUAUUAAAGGAUUUGCAGUACUGGUGGAGAAGGAAUGGUGCAGUUUCGGCCAUAAAUUCGCCCAUCGUGUGGGACAUGGAGAAGACAAACAUAGUGAUAACGAGAGAUCUCCUAUAUUUGUACAGUUCAUUGACUGUGUGUGGCAAAUCAUGAAUCAGUUUCCAUACGCCUUCGAAUUCAAUUCGUCAUUCCUGAUAACAUUACUGGAUGAGUUAUAUUCUUGUCGUUUUGGGACAUUCUUAUACAACAGUGAGAAGCAACGACAUCGCGAUCAACAUGUAAAGGAAAACACAGUAUCGCUAUGGUCUUACAUUAUUACUGAAAAAAGGCGCUUUCUCAAUCCGUUCUACAAUCAGUACCCUAGAUUUGUUGAUGUGUUGCGUCCCAACACCCGUUUAAUGUGUAUCAAAGUCUGGAAAGAUUAUUAUUUUCGUUAUAAUCCAGUAAUCGUUGCACAGGAUCAUAUGGAUAUUGAAGCUCUUAUGAACGAGAAGAUCUUACAAAAAGUUGAGGUUUUGAAGGCAGAAGUGAUUAUGCAUGAACAGACUCUUAGUAAAACUGUUUCGAAUUCAGAGUUUAGGUAGUAUAUUGUCUUAUUAUUUGAGAUGAAGUAGUAAGGUGGACUCAGGAGGAGAUGGUAGUGUAUUUCCAGAGAGAGUAUAUUAGAGAAAAAAAAGUACAACAUUUAAAGAAGGUUGGAGUGUAUUCAAAGAUCAGUGGAAGAGGGCUGCUUUCGAAAAAUGUCAAUUUUAGUGGUUACUUAGAAGGACAAAACCAAAACCGCAAUAUUUCUCUCAUUUCUUUUAAUUUUUUUGUAAAACAGCGUGCGCUAAUUUAUGCCAUUUUUGUGCUCAGUUGUAUUAUCAGAUGUCAUGUGAUUUGAUUGGAAAAGAAAAAUCCAAAUCAAUGUUAAGAUGCUGUAAAAUAAAAAAAAUUUUUAAAAAGUGGGAACCACGGAACUUUGAAUUUUUAAUAAAUGUUUCUCGGAUACAAACUUUGUCACUAGGCUUCGAACUUGCUAAUAAAUCGUAAAA